UUAAGGCCAGAAGGUUGUCUGAGGAGGCCAGAGGUUACCUGCCCUGUCCCUUGGCCUGCUGCUGGGACCAUGGGGGCCGGGGCCAGCGCUGAGGAGAAGCACUCCAGAGAGCUGGAGAAGAAGCUGAAAGAGGAUGCCGAGAAGGACGCUCGAACAGUGAAGCUGCUGCUUCUGGGUGCCGGUGAAUCUGGAAAGAGCACGAUUGUCAAGCAGAUGAAGAUUAUCCACCAGGACGGGUAUUCACUGGAAGAAUGUCUCGAGUUCAUCGCCAUCAUCUACGGCAACACUCUGCAGUCCAUCCUGGCCAUUGUUCGGGCUAUGACCACGCUCAACAUUCAGUAUGGAGAUUCAGCCCGGCAGGAUGAUGCCCGGAAGCUGAUGCACAUGGCGGAUACUAUCGAGGAAGGCACAAUGCCCAAGGAGAUGUCGGACAUCAUUCAGCGCCUGUGGAAGGACUCGGGUAUCCAAGCUUGCUUCGAACGCGCCUCCGAGUACCAGCUCAACGACUCUGCUGGCUACUACCUUUCGGACCUGGAGCGCCUGGUGACUCCAGGAUAUGUGCCCACUGAGCAGGACGUGUUGCGAUCUCGUGUCAAAACCACUGGCAUCAUCGAGACGCAGUUCUCCUUCAAGGACCUCAACUUCAGAAUGUUCGAUGUGGGCGGGCAGCGUUCCGAGCGCAAAAAGUGGAUCCACUGCUUCGAGGGUGUGACCUGCAUCAUUUUCAUCGCCGCGCUGAGCGCUUACGACAUGGUGCUGGUGGAGGACGACGAAGUGAACCGAAUGCACGAGAGCCUGCACCUGUUCAACAGCAUCUGCAACCAUCGCUACUUCGCCACUACGUCCAUUGUGCUCUUCCUCAACAAGAAGGACGUCUUCUCCGAGAAGAUAAAAAAGGCGCACCUCAGCAUCUGUUUUCCCGAUUACGACGGACCUAACACUUACGAGGAUGCCGGCAACUACAUCAAAGUGCAGUUCCUGGAGCUCAACAUGCGCCGCGAUGUGAAGGAGAUCUACUCGCACAUGACGUGCGCCACCGAUACACAGAACGUCAAGUUCGUCUUUGACGCUGUCACCGACAUUAUCAUCAAGGAGAAUCUCAAAGACUGCGGGCUCUUUUGAGAUGCUGAAUUCAUGUGUGUCCCUUGCCCCGAGACUCCGUAGCCCAGCUGCACUGUAGUCCCCUCCUGUCCCUCAACCUGCUGCUCCACCAGCCACACUCCCAAAGCCCUAAGGCUUGAAGCACAGACCCUCCCCCAAGUCCCCAACUCCCUCCCUGCCCUUCAUCGCCUGGCUGCACUGGCCUCUUGGACCUACAGUAGCCGGCCUCAGCUAGGACACGGCAGGACUUGGGACAGCUGGAACUCAGUGACUCAGCAGUGCCCGAGUGACCUGUCAGUCUCCUGCCACCCCCAUCAGCAGCAGUUCGCCUGGUGGCUCUCGGUUCAGCAAACAGCACUCCCUCCCUUUUUCCCUCCCUCCCUCCCCAGUUUUCAUGAAGGGCUUGAGGCAUCCCUCCCUCAAGCCACAGGCCAGUACAGCGUGCUACCUGCAUAUGACAAGUCCAACACCUGUCCACUCAGUGGUCAGCGACUGACCCUCCCAGCAGCCUGAGGAAUCCAAAGUCCAAGCCCUGGUCUUUGUAGCCUCACAUAGAUAAAUUAGUGACUUUGACGUGGGUGCCAGGGAGAGACACAAGCCAAACCCAUCUCCAAACACCAGGCUCGGGGUUUCUCCCAGUCCCUUCUCCCUCUGGGUCUUCCCCCUCUGUCCUUGGACACUUCCAUACCCCACCUCAUCCACCCACACACAGUGCUCAGGGCUGCCUGGUCAGGGUAUGGUGUAUUGAAGGAGGGUGCUAUUGACAUCAGCGGCGUCCAAUAACCAAGCUAUGCUGAGGGGUGGCUGAGGGCAGAGUCCAGCUCCUAUUGAUCAACCACGGGCAGACAAUAUCCCAUGUGAGGUGACAGGCAAUUCCAUGUGAGCCUGUUGUCCCUCCUGAUUCAGGGCUCAUCCCUUGGGAGGCAGAACUGAAAACCAUGCCCGCACCAUUGAGACACUGUCCCACGUGCCCCAGCCACUUCUAAUUUCUUUGCUUAAGCCUGUGGACAAGGGCCAGUGCUUCUGUUAGAGACCAGAUGCUUAUGUCCAGCAAGGCUAGGGCCUAACCAUACUUCCCUUAGUUAGAGGCAGCCUCAGAAAUAAACCU